UAAUACUGCCGCGGUUUCAAACAUCUGCCAUUUUGUUUUUCUCUCGUGGCUCAUACAUUUAUUUUGAUUUUUUCAAGGAAUUUGAAGAAGGGUGAAUAAAAAUGAGCACGAACUUGGAAACUGAUGUUUUUAAAACAUUAGACGAAGCGCUUGACUUAGGCCAAAUUACAAGUGAUUCAGACAAUGAUGGGGAUGAAGAUCAAACUUCCAAGAGUCACAAGCGCCUUCUACAUGACAUUUCAACAAUUACUGGAGUUCCAAAUAGAAAAGAGGCAUUGAGAUCUGAGCCUGCACCUGUUGUUGAUGAGCAUCUUUGGUCACAAAAAGAUGGAAAUAACAAGGUUGAAUUGAAUGACCUUUUGGACUCAGUACCAAAGACUACAAAGUUAGGAUCAUUCAAGACAAAAAUUGCAAAGUUAGAAAAGUCACAGUCUGUACUUGAUGCACCAUUAUCAAAACCAGAGAAAGAAAAGAUUCAAAGAACUAUAGCAUACGCAGGUAAUAAACAGGAGAUCGGUAAAUGGGAGCCUACAGUGUUGAAAAAUCGACAGGCAGAUAAUCUUAGUUUUCCCUUGAAUGCUUACAAACUUCCAGAGGCUACUACAAAAUCAGUGGCUGUCAAUUUCAAGCCAAGAAGCUCUCUAGAAAAGGAGAUUGCAGCUGUUUUAAAAGGUAGUUCUGGUGUUCUUGAGAGAAAAAAUAAACAAUUGACAGAAAGUGAAGAAAAGGCUCUACAGGCAGUGGACUUAGAAGAGGCCAAAGCACGAAGAAAGGAACUCCAGAAACUUAGAGUUUUACAGUCUUAUUAUGAAGCGAAAUGCAAAAGACUAAAGAAAAUCAAGAGUAAAAAAUUCCGGAAGAUUCAACGAAAAUCUGAACAAAAGAAGAAGGAAAAGGAGCUGAAAGAAGUUACAGAAGAAGGAGAUGAAGAAAUAUCUGAAGAAAUAGAGAGGAAUCGGGUUUUGGAAAGAGCUCAUUUACGACACAGAAACACUUCUAAAUGGGCAAAAAAAUUGAUGAUAAAAGGCAAAAACAAGUCGGUUGAGGAGAAACAGUUACUGCACGAUCAACUUCAAGUUAGCAGACAGUUGACCGAGCAGAAAACAUAUGAGCUGGAAAGUGAUGAAGAAAUCGAACCAAAUGCAAAUGAAGAACUGACGCUUUUGAAGAAGAUGUCAGAGGACGACAAAAACCCAUGGUUGCUUGGUCAGGAAUCAGAAGGUAAAUACGUUGUGGCAGAAAAGCAGAAAUUAGUUGAAGAAUCUUCAGAUGAAAGUUCUUCAGAGGACGAAAAAGAAGUCAGAACUAAAUCGGACGAUGAAUGGGACAAAGCUGGGGAAACCUCGCUGCAGUCGGAUUCAGAAACUGGAGUCAAAAAGAAAAGAGGCGGAAAGUUGGCAGAGCGCGAUGAAUUAGAUGAUAGUAGUGAUUCAGGGAGCGAUGAGGCUGAAAAUGACGGGCGUGGUCAUGUUGUAGGAAAAACAACCAAUGGCAAGUUUGAAAUGUCCUUUGAUUCAACCAAUCAGAGGAAGGGAAAGCACGGUCAUACAAGUUCAAGUUUGACCACUGGUCGAGAUAGCUUUCUGACUGUUGAAGCCAAGGCUCUCGACGUGAAUGUGUUUAUAACUGACAAUUCAGAUCUUGAUUUUGCAAAAUCGGCAGAGCAAAGAGCCAAGGUGCGCGAAGCAUUUGCUAGCGAUGCUGUAAUGGAAGAAUUUGAAAAUGAAAAGAAAAAAGAAGAAGAAAAGCGAACUCCGAAAGAUGUUGAUUUAACGCUGCCUGGAUGGGGUGCCUGGGGAGGAGCAGCUAUGGACAACGAGAAAAUACUGCGUCGGAAAAGGAAAGCGUUUGUAAAGAAGGGAAAGAAACAACCACCCGCAAGAGACAAGGAAUUGAAGCAUGUCAUUUUGAAUGAAGACAAGAAUAAGAGAUUUGUAGCAAAUCAGGUAUCUUCGUUGCCUUUUCCGUUCAAGGAUCAAUCUCAUUUCGAGAGGAGCAUACGACACCCAUUGGGUAAGACAUGGAACACCCCUUCUGUGAGUGCCAAGCUGACACAGCCAAGAGUAUCAACUUUGAUCGGCAAUAUCAUAGACCCUAUUAAACGUGGCAAAGAAAUAUCAAAAUCAAAUAUUAAGAGCAGAGAAAACCAAUCUGCUGAUUUCAUUCCAAAGAAAAGGAAGGUCCGCUGAAAUAUUAUCGAUCAUUGUACAAUUCAAUCCUUACCUACUUAACAAUAUAGUAAAAUUGUUGACUUGCACUAAAAGUUGUCGUCCACGCCCUCAUGGCAUGAGUAAAGCGAUUUCGUAAAAAACACAAUUUCAAACAACUUUUUCCUAUUGCAGCAUUCUUGUCAGUAAGUAAGUACCCCAAAGUUUGAUAAUAUUAGCAAUUGUGUUAGUUUUGAACUUUUU